AUGUUCUUCGGCUGCUACCUGCUGAACUCCAUCCCCCACCCAAAACGGUCCUAUCGCACGAAAAAAGUGUUUCACUGUAAGGAUUUUGCAAGUUUUGCAUCACAAGUUUGUUUUACAUGACAGCGAAAAUUUGCCACGCGGGGUUCCUAAGGGAAAACGCAGCUAGAAAUCCAGUCUCUUGCAUCUGUAGCAUGACACACACUUCUGCGAUCCAUUUUCUGCAUCACAAGUUUACAGUGAAGCAGCUUUUUCUUGCGAUAAGUCCUAUGUCGGCUUCACGGUCGAUCCCAAAAACCGCCUUCGCCAGCACAAUGGCGAGAAACAGGGCGGGGCGAACCGCACGAAGCGGGGCGACGGCCGACCCUGGAAGAUGGUGCUUGUCGUGUAUGGGUUUCCCAACAAGGUCGCGGCUUUGCAGUUCGAAUGGGCCUGGCAGAACCCAAGCUUGAGCCGGAACGUCAAGGCGGGGAUCCGGGAGAACAACAACGCAACUGAGAUGAACACCAGCCUGGAACUGCAAGUGCCUUCCUUGCAGAACAUUCUGCGGAAACUGCAACCGAAAACCACGGGGCGGAGACGGCGGAUGUAUUUGACAAAUGCCGAGCAUCUCCAGGUCGCGCAACUCUUACUGCACUGCGAACCUUUCAAGCGGAUGGCGCUGCGGGUACACGUUUUUGAGAAUGACAGUGACAUGUUGGGGGAUCAUGACACCAACACGACAAAUUAUGCGGGAACUACGGGAGCAGUACAACUAGCGCCGGCCGUAGCUGCCGCGACUGCAGCGUCGGCGUCUGUAAAGUCGCACAGUAAAAAACCGAACAAGAAGCACCCCCAAAAUGCUUCUUCAUCCAAGAACGGCAAUCCGUUUCUGGCCAACGAGGCGAGAGUUACGGAAGUCGCGGCCGCUGCGCUCAAAUACCUAGGGACGAUGGGAGAUGAGAAAACCGCGUUGAAGUUAUGCAGUGCAAAUGUGUCUGGGUCUGGAAGAGUACAACUUGUGAUGCUGGAUUUGGAUGCUAAACAAAUCUGUAUUGCGCGGGCAGGAAGAGGAGUCAAAUUUUUGCUACGCGGAGGGGGCAUUUGUCAUGCGGAAUGCGCAUCGAUAAGGGCUCAAAAAGUCUGAGAUGCUAGGGCAUACAUCACAGACAUCAUGCAUCAUGGAAAACCUGCAUGACAGACUUGUCCUCUUCCAGACCCAGACCACAUAUUUGCAUUUGAUAGAAGUUCAUCAAUUACAACAUGCAAGCUUGCUCCACCUUGAACGAAGACGUGCAGAAAUUUGAAGCGAAUUUGAAGGAAAUCAUAUCAAAAGGAAAAAUCCCCCUCCCCAUAUCAAAACGGAAUUUCUGAUGCUGGAUUUGUGUACACAAAUCAGGUUUGUAUUGCAGAGAGGCAUUGCGGCCAGAUCCCCAGGAUAGGUAGGGGCGUAUGGGUCUAGUUAUUCAGCACGACAAGCGGCCCACUUUUAGGCCCAACAGCAUGACAAAUCACUUCCAUAACGGGGCGGAAGCUUCUGCCCUUGUCUUCUUGCAAGACAAAUGUGAUUUGUGACCUCAAAUCAGCAACGCAAAUUUUCGGAAACAUACCUUUUCGAUAUGGGGAGGGGGGAUUUUUCCUUUGGAUAAAUCAGCGAUAUUCGGGACGAAGCAGCAAAGCGACGGGAAGAGGACGAGAGGCAGAAGCAACUGAAGGAAAUGAACAAGAAGAAAAACAAAAACAAUGCUGGUGACAGAACUGAAGGUAGUAAAAACUGUACUGCUUUCAUAUCGUCAAGCAGUUUGAAGAUGACAACUGCUGGCUCUCAGGUAUUCACCCAAACGAACAAGUACGCGAUUCUAUCCUGAGUAAAAACGUACCCACACCAGAGUCAAGAUGGGGAAUCGGCUAGACAAAUCCACAAGUUUUGGCUGUUUUGCAUGACAAAUUUGGAUUCGUAGUGUAGUGCUGUUUGAGCUAGCUCAGCAGCAUCAGAGAUCUAGCAUACCAUGCUGAUUGGAGCAUGGCAAAUUGCAAAACACGACUAGAAAAUGCUUCUCAUGGAGCUCCGCAUGAGAAACAUUUUCAGCAUGCAGAUUUGCAUUACAACUCUGGUGUGGGUACGUUUUUACUCAGGAUAGAUUCGUGUCGCGGCGAAAAUCACAUUACGCGGUGGUAGUUUGAGUGGCGACGAAGCGAUAGGAAAUGGGUUAACAUCAGGAGCUCGUCGUCCUGUGAUUCAACAUCCCGUGACGUCGAAAAUUAUCCCGCAGCACAUGGCAAUUACGAAGGGGGACAUUGAGAGCCUGGAGCAGAGUUGCAACUACCUGUUUAAGCAGGUGGAAGAGCUGAAAUCGAGACAAUUUGCCGCCGGAGAAACGAGUUGCAGUUUGUGCCAGAAAAGUCUUUUUUCUGCAGCGGCUCGUCCUGGUAGUACCGGAGGUGAUCUUCCACUCAACCCAGGACAUGAACUUGGAAGCAGUGUCGCUGCUGGUACAAGUUCAAGCAGCAGUGCCAGUUCCUCGUCCGCUUCUGCCUCAUCUGCAGCGGUGAAAAAUCUUCCAGGACGACGGGCCCCGUUGCUGAUCUCUUGUCUCUCUUGCGCAACGCAAUUCCACGUUGGCUGUUUGGCGAACCACUUCCUUCAGGAGCAGCAGAAAGUAGAGCAACAGACAGCAGCUAAUGUGGUCGGUGGUACUAGCAGUUCGUCUUCUUCGUCUAAAGUGGAAAAAAUGGCAUCUACUUGGAGCGACAAAAACCCCCCACAACCUGUUUUACCGUUGAUCCCGACCGAAUUACCGGUCGCGUGCCCAAGGUGCCAAGCGAAAUUUUCCUGGUCGGUGUUAGUCCGCACGGUCGACAUGGAGCAGGCUGCGGGAAAUUAUAAGCUGGGUAGUAGUUUUGUGGCGUUGCAGCAGGACCAAGAGGAAGCUGAGCCGGAAAUUCGGGAAACUGAUUUCUUGUCAGGAGAGGAGGAUGAUCUGUCCAUCUCGGGCGACGAGGAAGGGGACGAUUUGAACUCCCGGGUUUUGACUUCUGUGUCCAGCCAGAAAAGCCAGAAUUUAUCUUCCUCGCAGCAUGUUGACAGUGCUGCUGGUGCUUCUUCGUCCCGGAAGAGGAACAAGAAACCGGGAGCAGCAGCAGGCGCUAGUACCGGCGCAACUGGUACAACAACCAGCGGUCAACAAGCUUCGAAGAAGAACAUCGCGUUUGGAAAAAUGUCCCAGAAAUCGCAAUUUCUGUUCUACGGGGGGACUACAAGCAGUGGAGGGAAGAGGAAGAACAACGACAAAUCGAAGCAAAGCAAACGAUCGCAGAACUACAAGGGACAAACUGCAGGGACAACAUCAUCAAGAUCAGAUUCGUCACAACAAUCCUCGUCGCAGCUAUCUUCCGCCCAAUCUUCGCGGUCAAAAGAUGUUGGCACGCUAGGUCUUUUCACGCCACAGAAACAAGUGACGAGCAGCAGCGGGAAGCGGAGGAAGAAUUCUUCGGGUAGUUUUUUACAAUCUGGAGCAGAUGGUGAACAUCUUGACACCGGGUUUGCGGAAGAUGCUGCGGACGACGAUGAAGUAGAACAGGAUCCAUUGCUGAAGAGACAGAAGCUCUCGACGAUCAAGGAAGUCAGCCAGGAAAUGGGGACCAACAGCCAAAACAGCGGUUUGAACGGGAACAGUCAGUUGAGCGGUCUUGGUGGGGCAACGGGGACUGGUGGGCCGGUUUCUCUGUCGCAGUCGUAUCCGACAGGAUUCGCUCCGAACUAUAGUCCGGGAGAAGUUGGAAAAGACGGACAGAAAAAUGAAAGCAAGGCCGUUUUGAAAGGUCUGGAAACUAAAAUUACUUCUCGAGCAGAACCACUGAGCUUGAUUGAAAGACUGCGUCUGAAAAAGCCAAGAGAGAUGGAAGCGAUGGACGAGAAUAGACUUAAAGAUCUUCAACGUCAAGGUUCACAUGCAACAAAAUUAACCUGUGGUAGUAUUCGCUGCUAG